GCCGCCCUCCACCGUGCGCUCUGGUCCUCCUCUGCGCGCUCUGGGUCUCGCCUCGGACAAGCUGCGGCGGAGCGCUGGAUCACCAAAAGUUCGACGAGUCGGUGUAGAGGUACCGGGUUCGGGGCCGGAGUGGUUCGGUGUUGGUUUUUUCCUGGGGUGUCGUUUGUUUUUAGUUUUUAGGUGUUUUUUCACGGUUCAGUCAUGGAGACUCUCAGAGUUCUCCUCGCGCUGCUGUGCGUUUUCCUGGCUGGAGCGCAAAUUCAGAACCAAGGAUCCAGGUUUGGGGAGUGUCCAGUUGACCUGUUCUUCGUCCUGGACACAUCUGAGAGUGUCGCCCUGAGAAAGACGCCUUCCAGCUAUUAUAUUGACCAGAUCAAAGGAUUCACCAAACGCUUCAUAGAUGAACUCAAGGACAUGCGCCACCGAUGUGAUCGUAUCCUGACGUGGAACUCGGGAGCAUUACACUACAGCGACGACGUCAUCAUCGUGCGAGAGCUGAGUGACAUGACCACUGACAAGGAGGCUCUGAAGAGAGACAUCGAUGGCAUCUCGUACAUCGGCAAGGGCACGUACACCGACUGUGCCAUCAAGAGGGGCCUCGCUGAGCUGCUCGUUGGGGGCUCCUACUACCACGAGAACAAGUACAUCGUGGUGGUGACUGACGGCCAUCCUAUCACUGGUUACAAAGAGCCGUGUGGAGGUGUGCAGGAGGCCGCUAAUGAGGCCAGACAACAUGGAGUCAAAGUGUUUGCUGUCGCCGUCUCACCUGACCAGGAGGACACCAGACUGUCCCUCAUCGCCACAGAUCACAGCUACAGACAGAACUUCACUGCUGCAGACGACGACACCAAAUCCACCAAGAUCGAAACCAUUCGAACCAUCAUCGAUAUGAUCACAAACGAGACCAAGGAUGUGUGUUGCUCCUUCGACUGUAAUGCUCGUGAAGGCCCCAAAGGAACAGACGGAGACAUUGGUGCAAAGGGAGAAACAGGUAGACCAGGGAUGCCAGGAGAGAAAGGAGAUAUCGGUGAAGUGGGCAACAUUGGUGAUCCUGGUCCUGUUGGUUACAGUGGAAUGAAGGGAGAUCGUGGUCCCAGAGGAGAAAAGGGUGAAAGAGGACACAAAGGCUUCAAGGGAGACAAAGGUCAAAGAGGAAGAGAUGGAACUGACGGCCGCAAGGGUGAACCUGGUUUUCCUGGACUUCCCGGCUGUAAAGGUUCUCCUGGAUCAGAUGGUCGGCAAGGAGAUCCUGGACAGAAGGGAGACUCUGGCUCUUAUGGACUGAAAGGACAAAAAGGAGAGCCUGGAUUAGACGGUGAACCAGGACGGCCUGGAAACUACGGACCUCUGGGACCUCAGGGUGAUCGGGGUCCUCGUGGAGCCGAUGGGGACAAAGGAGAGCGUGGUGAUGAUGGGCCACCUGGAGCAGAUGGAGGUCGCGGCGAGAGAGGAACAGUUGGAGAACCGGGGGAGCAGGGUUCCCGUGGAAACAGAGGUCCGAAAGGAGAUGCAGGGGAGCCAGGACCCCGUGGAGAGCAGGGGAGGGAGGGCUCAACUGGCCCCAACGGAGAACCCGGUGAGCCCGGCAGGCAGGGGUCUCCUGGCUACAGAGGAGAUGAAGGCCCACCUGGACCAGAAGGACCCAAAGGACCGAGAGGAAUCAAAGGAGCUCCGGGAGACAGAGGCCCGAUGGGGGGGAGGGGAGAAGAUGGCGUGGUGGGAAAUGGGACAGAAGGCUGCGCUGGUUUUCAGGGUUAUCCUGGGCCCCGUGGAGACCCUGGUGAGCCGGGUGGUAAAGGAACUCCUGGACCCAAAGGAGAUGACGGAGACGCCGGAGAUCCAGGCCUUGAUAACAAUGAGCCGGGACAACCAGGACCUAAAGGAGCCAAAGGUCACAGAGGACCUGACGGCCCACCGGGACCUCCUGGGCCUCCUGGACCACCAGGAACUGAUGAAUGCGAAAUUCUGGAUAUAAUCAUGAAGCUCUGCUGUAAGUUAAACUUUUGAGUGCACUUAAACACACACUCGCAGUAAUCAAGCCACAUACGCUCUACGUUAA